AUAUAUCCAGUGCUGGGCAUUAGUGAGCCGAGUGUGUCACCAUCGAGAGCUGGGCCAACUUUCGGCGAUGUGAAAAGCAAUGCGAUUAGCGAAGGCCACAGUGCAGCAUCUAAAGAAGCGGCAGCUCUUGAGCCGUCAAGAGCACCCGUUCGAGCAAAUUUGGAUGACACAGAAGUGGCGAAGCUUGACAUUGGUCAACAGUUCAGCUUACAAUUUGCGACAACUCUAGCAGUAGCAGUGGAAUGUUUGGACCAGUUCGAUGUGAACCUAACGCAGUCGUGUGGCUAUGGUGAAUGGCAAUCCAGAUACUAUUUCAAUCGAGACACUCGAAAGUGUCAAAUGUAUUGGAACGAUGGGUGUCGAUCGUUGAGUCGGAAUAACUUUGAGAAUUUAGCGAUUUGCGAAUGGAAAUGUGAAGGAACACAUCCAAAACCGCAAUCAAGUGAGCAGAAGAUGCUAAAGAUUGUCAAUAGCAAUCCUACUGAUAUCAAUAAUCUAGUAGUGGUGUCACCAAACAAUCGCCAAGAAACAAAAUUUACAGUUCUACUUCAGUCAAUGCACAACUUCACAAUUGAUCUUUAA